CCGCCCCCGCCCCCGACGCCACAGACACCGCCGAGGCGGGCGCAACAGAACGCGUGGCCCCUCGGCCUUUCCCGGCCCGGCGCGACCCGGAGCGGCGGCGCGGGAGGUGAACAUAGAAGCUCGCCUUCAAGUUGUUUCUGGAUCUUAUGAGAUUUUAGGACCCCUGCAGUGGACCAUGAGUCGGUAAUGCCCACUGAGGACCUCUGGGAGCCAUGUCAGACGAAUCUGCCUCAGGGAGCGAUCCAGAUCUGGACCCGGACGUGGAGCUGGAGGAUGCGGAGGAGGAGGAGGAGGAGGAGGAGGAGGUGGCAGUGGAGGAUCAUGACAGGGAUGAUGAGGAAGACCUGCUGGAUGAUCCAUCCCUGGAAGACAUGUGUGGCACUGACUGUGCCCAGCUGGGGGAAGAUGGGCAGCGGCCACCGCGGUGCACUUCAACUACCUCAUCUCAGUCUGAGCCUUCAGAGCAGCUUAGACGCCCCCAAGCCUCUGAGGACCCCAAAAAGAAGAGAGCUCAGAAGCCUUCCCAUAUGAGGAGAAAUAUACGAAAGCUGCUCCGGGAAGAUCAGUUGGAGCCUGUUACCAAAGCAGCACAACAGGAGGAGUUGGAAAGAAGAAAACGCCUGGAGCAGCAGAGGAAGGAUUAUGCAGCCCCCAUUCCCACUGUCCCCCUGGAGUUCCUGCCUGAGGAAAUUGUCUUAAGAGCAAGUGAUGGUCCUCAACUGCCUCCUCGGGUCUUGACCCAGGAAGUCAUUUGUUUGGACAGUAGCAGUGGCAGUGAGGAUGAAAAAAGCAGUCGAGAUGAGGUGAUAGAACUGAGCUCUGGAGAGGAAGAUACUCUGCACAUUGUAGACAGCAGUGAGUCUGUCAGUGAGGAGGAUGAAGAAGAGGAGAAGGGUGGUACCCACGUGAAUGAUGUCUUAAACCAGCGUGAUGCUCUAGGGCGGGUCCUUGUCAACCUGAACCACCCUCCAGAGGAGGAGAAUGUCUUCCUGGCCCCACAGUUGGCACGGGCAGUGAAACCUCAUCAGAUUGGUGGGAUCCGAUUCCUGUACGAUAACCUGGUUGAGUCCCUGGAGAGGUUUAAGACCAGUAGUGGCUUUGGCUGUAUCUUGGCCCACAGCAUGGGUCUGGGAAAAACUUUGCAAGUGAUCUCUUUCAUUGAUGUCCUCUUCCGCCACACGCCAGCCAAAACUGUCCUUGCCAUUGUGCCGGUUAAUACGCUUCAAAAUUGGCUAGCAGAGUUCAAUAUGUGGAUCCCAGCUCCUGAGGCCCUUCCAGCUGACAACAAGCCUGAAGAAGUCCAGCCUCGGUUCUUUAAAGUUCACAUCUUAAAUGAUGAGCACAAGACAAUGGCGGCUCGUGCUAAAGUUAUGGCUGAUUGGGUGUCAGAGGGGGGAGUGCUGCUGAUGGGGUACGAAAUGUACAGACUCCUCACCCUGAAGAAAUCCUUUGCCACAGGCAGACCGAAGAAAACCAAGAAACGCUCUCACCCAGUCAUCAUUGACCUGGAUGAGGAAGAUCGGCAGCAGGAGUUUCGGAGAGAGUUUGAGAAGGCCUUAUGCCGCCCUGGCCCUGAUGUGGUGAUCUGUGACGAAGGACACCGCAUCAAAAACUGCCAGGCCAGCACUUCACAGGCCCUGAAGAACAUUCGCUCUCGCCGCCGGGUGGUGCUGACCGGGUACCCUUUGCAGAACAACCUCAUUGAAUACUGGUGCAUGGUGGACUUUGUGCGUCCAGAUUUCCUUGGCACCCGGCAGGAGUUCAGCAACAUGUUUGAACGCCCCAUCCUGAAUGGACAGUGUAUUGACAGCACACCUCAGGAUGUUCGCCUCAUGAGGUACCGGAGCCAUGUCCUGCACAGCCUCCUGGAAGGCUUUGUGCAGAGGAGAGGUCACACUGUGCUGAAGAUUCAUCUUCCUGCUAAGGAAGAAAAUGUGAUCCUGGUGCGGCUCUCUAAGAUCCAGCGAGAUUUGUACACACAGUUCAUGGACCGCUUCCGGGACUGUGGUAGCAGUGGCUGGCUGGGGUUGAACCCCCUCAAGGCUUUCUGUGUGUGCUGCAAGAUCUGGAAUCACCCUGAUGUGCUGUAUGAAGCCCUUCAGAAGGAGAACCUGGCCAAUGAGCAGGACUUCGAUGUGGAAGAGCUUGGCUCAGCAGGGACUAGUGCCCGCUGCCCAUCACAGGGAACAAAAGGCAAGGGGGAGGACAGUGCCUUGGCCUCCUCAAUGGGAGAAGCAACUAAUAGCAAGUUCCUACAAGGGGUCGGCUUCAACCCUUUCCAGGAGCGAGGCAACAACAUUGUCACGUAUGAAUGGGCCAAGGACCUUUUGACUAAUUACCAGACUGGAGUCUUAGAGAACUCUCCUAAGAUGGUACUGCUUUUCCACCUGAUUGAAGAAAGUGUGAAGCUUGGGGACAAGAUCCUUGUGUUCAGCCAGAGCCUUUCCACCUUGGCUCUCAUCGAGGAGUUCCUAGGGAAACGAGAUGUGCCCUGUCUGUCUGGUGCUGAGGGGCAAGGAGUACAGAAGUGGGUUCGCAACAUCAGCUACUUCCGGCUAGAUGGUAGCACCCCUGCCUUUGAGAGGGAGCGGCUCAUUAAUCAGUUCAAUGAUCCCAGCAAUCUCACCACCUGGCUGUUCCUUCUCUCCACAAGGGCUGGAUGCUUAGGUGUGAAUCUAAUUGGUGCCAACCGUGUGGUGGUGUUUGAUGCUUCCUGGAACCCUUGCCAUGAUGCCCAGGCAGUAUGUCGGGUAUAUCGUUAUGGCCAGAAAAAGCCCUGUCACAUCUAUCGCCUUGUGGCUGAUUUUACCCUCGAAAAGAAGAUCUAUGACCGUCAGAUUUCGAAGCAGGGCAUGUCAGAUCGAGUGGUGGAUGAUCUCAACCCAAUGCUGAACUUUACACGGAAGGAGGUAGAGAAUCUACUGCACUUUGUUGAGAAGGAGCCAGCUCCCCAAGCAUCCUUGAACAUAAAGGAAAUCAAGGAGCCAGUUCUGCAACUUGCCUGUGUGAAGUACCCUCACCUCAUCACCAAGGAGCCUUUUGAGCAUGAGUCAUUGCUCCUUAACCGGAAGGAUCACAAGCUGACCAAGGCUGAGAAAAAAGCAGCAAAGAAAAGCUAUGAGGAAGACAAACGCACAUCAGUCCCCUACACCCGCCCGUCAUAUGCGCAGUAUUAUCCUGCCAGCGACCAGAGCCUGACCAGCAUCCCUGCCUUCAGUCAGAGAAACUGGCAACCAACCUUGAAGAGUGAUGAGAAGCCUGUGGCUAGUGUUCGUCCCGUACAGUCGACCCCCAUCCCUAUGAUGCCCCGGCACGUCCCACUGGGAGGCAGUGUAAGCUCUGCCUCUGGCACAAAUACAGCUAUGAACUUCCCGAUCAACUACCUGCAGCGUGCGGGAGUUCUUGUACAGAAGGUGGUCACCACAACAGAUAUCGUUAUUCCUGGACUCAACAGCUCCACAGAUGUUCAAGCAAGAAUUAAUGCUGGUGAGAGUAUCCACAUCAUCCGUGGGACGAAAGGGACAUAUAUCCGCACCAGUGAUGGGCGGAUCUUUGCUGUCCGGGCGACUGGCAAACCAAAGGCCCCUGAAGAUGGUCGUAUGGCUGCCUCAGGUUCCCAGGGGCCUUCUCUUGAGUCCACAAGCAACGGCAGACAUAGUGCCUCAUCACCCAAAGCCCCCGACCCUGAGGGGCUGGCCAGGCCCGUCUCUCCAGACAGCCCAGAGAUCAUCAGUGAGCUCCAGCAGUAUGCAGAUGUGGCUGCCGCCCGUGAAUCCCAUCAGAGUUCCCCGGGCUCCAAUGCUGCCCUGCCUGGCCCCCCAGCCCAACUUGUGGACAGCAGUGCUGUUCCUGGGACAGCUCUCGGGACUGAACCUCGGCACGGGGGUCAUUGCCUCAAUAGUUCCCUUUUGGUGACCGGCCAGCCCUGUGGUGACAGACACCCAGUGUUGGACUUACGGGGCCACAAGCGAAAAUUGGCCACACCAACUGCUGCCCAGGAGUCAGCCCGCCGGCGUUCCAGGAAGGGCCAUCUGCCAGCCCCCGUGCAGCCGUAUGAACACGGAUGCAUCCCAAGAAUGAAGGGACUCACUUGGAAUGGGCUGUUGUCAGGUUGAGGUUGGUCAAGUAGGAGCUUACUCUUGAAUCUCUCAUUUGCAGAGCAUAUAACCUGGGCUACAACUGAUGACUCUAAGGCCCUGGAGCACUUGGGUUCCAGAGGGUGUGUGAGUAUGCAUGUGUGCGUGUGUGUGCUUGCGUGCAAGAGGGAUAUUUCUGUGUUUGCCUCUAGGAAAUCACAGCAAAGGCUCAAAGAAUCCAGAAACUAUCCCAGCAAGGAAUAGUGACUUAAGCUAGUCAUUGGGGGAACAGGCUUUUGAAGGUACCAGGAACUGAAUUGGUAUUCUGAGAGGCAGAAUUUUCUGCCUGUUCUUUACCUGAGGUUCCAGGCGCUGGGUCUUGCUUCAUUUUGGGAGAGGUCAUAGUUUUGGGAGGCUAACCUGGCUAAGAAGGUUUUUCUUUGAUAAAUGGAGCUUAUAUUGUGUAGGGGGGUGGGAUGGGAGUGGGAUCAUGAGAAAUUGGAAUGCUAUCAGUUUUUUGGUUUUGUUUUUUAAUGAACCUGAAAACACUUCUGACUUUCCUGCUGUCUGUCUGUAUGUGCUGAUGGCAAGUGUGCAAACACACCAAACAUGAGCAUGUGUAUGAGGGAAGCAGGAAAUGUCGCAGAGCCUAAGAACCAUGUUUUGUAUCUUCUUUGAUCAGAAAUACCUGGUGGUGGCUUCCCCUCACCGUCAAGGCCCAAGUGAUAUUAAAAAGAACAGAAGAUCAGGCCUAGGCAUUUUCCCUCACUAUUGUCUUCCACAGAAUGUUUCCAAGGGCCUCUCAACCCCCAAUCAUCUGGUUUAGCCUAAAUCCUCAGCCUUGGGAAUAUAGUACAACUUAAGAAUUCAGGAUUAUCAUUAAUAUCUUUGCAGAGAAAAAUUGAACCAAGUAGCCAUUUAAGUAAGAAAACGAACAAUGUUGAAUCAUCUGCUUUUUUAGAUUUGUUAUCUCUAGUCUUCACCCACUGGAGUUGUGCUUCUUAAGCAUCUAUCUCAUCUCUUGAUUUAGGAAUAACUCUGUCUGGUCCUUGGAGCUUUCUUCCCUAGAAAUUAGUGUGUGGAAUAUCUAUAUACUUGUGAUUCGCAAUGAAAUACGAAAUCUCCCACUCCAGGGCAUGAAGCAGAUAGCUGGGGUAAAGUUUGAUAGGUUGAAAGACAACUAAACUUAAGGGGUCUCAAAGCUAUCAGCAGUGCAAGGUCCUCUGCCUCAGUCUGUUUAAGCCAGACAUCUCUCUGGAACUGAGUCCUCAUUUCUGGGGAAGGUCUUCUGGGGGCUUAACAUUCCUGUUCUGGCCAUGAUUCCUCUCAUCCUAUUUUCUAGUCCUGUGAUUCCUCAGAAAAUCAAUCUCCCUUCUGAGCCAUGGUCUCCUGUACACCCAGCUAAGUGCUUCCUCCCCAACAAAAACAGAACUCUUUUCCCAACCCCAAACCCCCUCCCC